CGGCGCAGGGGCGGAGAUUUCUGGCACUUUCUGGGCGCUGCGAACGCCCUAAUCCUGGGCUGGGAGGACGGAAACGCGGGCGACGGAGCCGCAGCGCAACCGCCGCCGCCCCCAACACGGUUGCCCUUCUUUGCUCUCUGAGGAGGCCGCGCCGCCAGCGCAGACAUGGCCAAAUGGGGCCAGGGGGACCCGCGCUGGAUCGUGGAGGAGCGGGAGGACGGGACCAAUGUGAACAACUGGCACUGGACAGAACGGGAUGCCACUAGCUGGUCCAAGGGGAAGCUCCGUGAGUUCCUGGUGGGCAUCAUCGUGGAGAAUGAGGCUGGUCGCUGCCAGAUCAGUGAGCUGAAGCAGGUGGAAGGUGAGGCUUCCUGCAGCAGCCGCAAAGGGAAGCUGAUUUUCUUCUAUGAGUGGAACAUCAAACUGGGCUGGAAAGGUAUAAUUAAAGAAUCUGGUGCAAAGCACAAGGGGUUGAUUGAAAUACCCAGCCUUUCUGAAGAAAAUGAAGUGGAUGACACUGAGGUGAACGUGAGUAAAAAGAAAGGAGAUGGGGAUAUCCUGAAGAAUCUUAUGAAAACUGCAGGCACCGCCAAGGUCAGGGAAGCCCUUGGAGAUUACCUGAAGGCACUUAAGACGGAAUUUACAGUGGGAAUGAUUUUACCAACGAAAGCUACAGCAACCCAGGAAUUGACCGUUAAAAGGAAACUGAGUGAGAACACUUUGCAGGGCUCGUCUCCAGUGCCAUUGGGUGUAAGGAUUCCUACUGUGGCGCUGCACAUGACGGAAAUGUUUGACACAGCUGUAGAGCAGCUGUACAGCAUCUUCACUGUGAAGGAUUUGGUGCAAAAAUUUUCUAAAUCUCCUGCCAUUUUAGAAGCUGAAAAGGGAGGGAAAUUCCAAAUGUUUGAUGGGAACGUCAUGGGUGAAUAUAUGGAAUUGUUAACAAAUAGAAAGAUCGUCAUGAAAUGGAGAUGUAGGAACUGGCCAGAAGAACACUAUGCAACAGUUGCACUGAAUUUUGUGCCCACUUCAGGGCAAACGGAAUUACAGUUGGACUGUAAAGGCGUUCCUGUCUGUAAAGAAGAGAACAUGAAGUUCUGUUGGAAGCAGCAGCAUUUUGAAGAAAUAAAAGAUUUACUGCAGUUGACCACCUUAAGUGGUUGAAUUAGUUAAAAGAUUUUAUAAGGACAUUACUUUUUGUAAGCAGAAAAAAUGUCGAGUUUAUGUCUUCCCUAUUAUUCCUUUUAAAAAAGAAAACAAAAACUCUUAAUUUAUAGUGGAUGAAAUCCAUGAACUUUGCAGAAUGGAAAGCGUUGUUUGAAUCUUUCCUACGACUAGACUCUGCAUUGAGUUAAAAGCGGCAAGCAACCUGAAAUCAAGUAUUAACCUUACCUCCCAUAGAUGCUUCUUUGGGAAUAGACGGAGUCUCUGAGUACAGAUAGUUGACGUUUCCCGAGCUAAAGCUUGUCUUUGUAGCUAGCUUUCCGUCUUUGUAGCUAGCUUUCCUUCACCUGUAGUUUAGUUCAGGAAGACAAGAAAUCAGUGGCAUGUUGCUACCAUUCCUUUAUUUUACUUCAGGGUUUUCAAGGCAUGUUGCAUUCGGAAGCAUGUUGAAGGGAGGGUGCGCUGGCUGUAGUUGUUAUACUUCUCUCCGCAGCAGUUACCACUUCAGGGUGGAAAGGACUGAAAAGUCUAUGGGAAUGAGUUACUUUUUGGACUGCCACUAACGCUUCUAAUAUAAUAGGUAAGUGCUUCCCCCCAUUCACUUUUCUUACUUUCAUCUGAGAAGACUGAAGCAACGUAUGUAAACAAAUGAAAAGUCAUCACAAUCAGUUUAAUUAAGUGCACAGAAUAGCAAUCAGUCAUGUCAAUAAAAAUAAAACAAUUAUUUUUA